AUGACGGCGCGCGACGCCGAGGGCGCGGCGACGACGACGACGGGUGAUGAUUCGACGACGCGACCCGAUUUGGAUGCGCGGACGACGCGGACGUUGGACGACGCGCUGGAGACGUUCAGCACGCGGUUAUUAAACGUGCGAGACGCCGCGUUGGCGGACGCGCGAAGGGCGACGGAGAGCGCGAGGGAGGCGCGGAGGGCGACGGCGCGCGCAGAGGCGAGCGGCGCGGCGCGCGCGCGCGCGUGCGAGGAACGCGUCGAGGCGUGCGAGCGCGCGGUCGCGGACAUGCGACGGGCGUUCGAUACGUCGCGAUGGGUAGGGGAUAGUGCGAUGAAGGAGACCGCCGCGUGGUCGACGCGCACGAACGAGGCGUUCGAGGCGAGCGCGACGGGUGGGAAGAAGGCGUCUUCGACGAGACUGGCGCGCGACGCCGCGACCGUGCUGUCGGCGGUCUCCAAUGCGUUCGUGCGCGCGUGCGGCGCGAUCGCGGCGCUUUGGGUGUUGUUUUGGCUCACCAUGGCGUUCGCGGUGAUGUGGGACGAUCGACGAUUGGCUCGAGACGUCGGCCAAGAGGGAUGGAGAGCGUUCACCGAUCAGAUAUUGACCUUGAUGGGUCCAUGA